CGCGCGCCCAACAAGCAACCCCCGUGGAAGCUACCGUCGUCCGUCCCCCUCCACUGGCCGUUGGGCGCGCCAAUAAUGGGCGGGUUGCAUAUGAUGGGUCUGCCAGAUAUUACUGUGAGUUGAGCCUUCAUGUGUCAACAACACCCUUCACUCUCCAUUCGACAAAUCGUUUGCGCCCAUGAUUUGCUGAAGAGCUGUCUGUAGCUUAACUACCGUACCGUACCUCUCAACGAAACCGUCGAUUGAGUUGGCACUGCGUGUGGACUGGACGAUACAUACAUACUAAAUAUUUAAUAGCAGACGCCAAUUCAAUCUCGGUGCCAAUAUACUCAAAAUUAUCUCAUCUCAAUAGGCGUAAUCGCGACUGUACCUCAACUAUUUCCCUCCAUUCAAAAAACCAUGUCUUCAUCGCUAUUAUACCCCUCCGCUUCGUCGUCGCGACUGUGCCCCUUCCUCUCCCGUAUCCACCACUGUCAUAGGAGCACAUACAACCAGCUAUUGCGAUCGCUAACAAUAUCUCAACCUGCCUUCCAAUACUCCGCCGCCUCCUCCUCCUCCACCGCCGCCGCCCCCUACUCAACCACCUCCGCCCCGACUGCUUCUACCAUCGCUUCCAACUUCCUCUCCCGCUUCCAAUCUCUCGGCCCCCAAACCCGCACCCAGAUCCUCGACGCGAACCAACUCCAACUCCUUUCCCUCACCCUCAACCGCAACUCUCUCUACCCGGGAAGCCCAGCACUCUCCAACGCGAGACCCCCAGAAGCUGGCACCCCCAUCCCCCCUGGCCACCACCUGGUAUACUUCACACCCACGUUCCUGGAAGGCGAGCUGGGUGCCGAUGGCACUGAUGCGUCAUAUAACCCUGAAGCGCCGUUCACAAGGCGCAUGUGGGCUGGCGGGGAGGUCCGAUGGCCACGGGGGCGUGAUGGCAGGGUGAAUUUGCUGAGGGUGGGGCAGGAGGUGCGGGAGACGACGCGGAUGUUGAGUGCGGAGGCUAAGGUUGUGAGGAAGACUGGGGAGGAGAUGGUGGUUGUUGGGGUAGAGAAGGUAUUUGAGAAUGAGAAUGGGGUUGCGGUUGUAGAUCGAAGAAACUGGGUAUUCCGAGAAGCACUCAAGCACGACCCCUCAACCCAAGCGGCACCAGUGUCAUUCGACAACGCCCCUCCCGCCGUCUCCAACACCCGCAAAUCAACCGCACCCCCAACCUUCUCAACCUCGAAAGAAAACAACACCGUCACCCAUACCCGCACCCUCUGCCAAUCGGCCGUAACACUCUUCCGCUUCUCAGCCCUGACAUUCAACGGACACAAAAUCCACUACUCAUUACCCUGGGCACAAGAAGUCGAGGGACACCCCGGUCUAGUUGUGCACGGGCCCCUUAAUCUCAUUUCCAUCCUGGACCUCUGGCGGGAUGUACGGGCAGCGCAGAAGGGGAAUCAAGGGGCCGCCGUGGGUGAGAUCAUGAUUCCUGAGGGUAUUGUGUAUAGGGCGACAAGCCCGCUUUAUGCGGAGGAGGAAUAUAGGAUUGUUCUUGAAGAAGCGGAGGGUGGGGGAGAUGGAGGGAACGUGAAUAUUUAUAGUCCUGCGGGAACUGUAGCGAUGAAGGCGGAGAUUACUGCGUAGGCUUUAGUAUUUGGGGUGAAGGCUAUGUUGUGUUGCAGUAUCACCUACGAGUGAUAGGGGAAAAGGGGGGUGAGGAGACGUUGAUGAUGUAUAAUGGGGUAUGGGGCUCAUGGCAUUGUCAGGCCUGGCCUCGUUUAUAUUACCAUUAUCUGUCCCUAUGAAAUAUAACUAUUGUGCUAACUAUAUGGAUAAAAAGAUGGAGCAGAUAUAGAAUACCAAUUUUGACGAACGUCGAACCCCAAUCUUCAUAUUCUCUCGACUAACCAAAUAUAGAAUGCAAUGGUCUGGCAGUUCAAGACAACAUUACCCAGAAGAGACUAAAACCCGUAGUGAUAACAGGGUUGAAACUCAGAGCAUGAGUGGAUGGUGGCCUUCCCGGCCAAUAUAGUCUGGCAGAAGGAGGAAUAUCAACUACGGAGGUUCCUCAGGGGCAUUUUCCCGUCGUAUUCACACCUACUCUCCUGUCAUCCUGAGGGUCUCACAGCUGCGUGAGGUAUGGUAUAGGGCAUAUCCAUAUCCCAAUAUCCAGUAGGUGAAGAGUAAACAUCAUAACGCAGGUGCUGCCUCUUUCCUCCUGCGGUGCGCUCUAUUGCUCAUCUGCCCGGCUGAAUCCAACAAAGCUAAUUCCUGUUGAAACCUAAUUCUGGAGCCUCAAGCAAAUAGUAUACGCUAUUAUUUAGAAGAAGCACACAUAGUGGACGAAUCGGACAAUAAAAUGCGUCA